GAAUCCUUCUCAGGUGGUCCCUGACUUUAAAGAAACUUCGUAGGAGUCAGCAGCCGAGCGAGAAGGUCUUUCGUCAGAUGAAAUUAUCUAAGAACGGAUGACUACAGCUUAGAAUCGUUGCCUACCUUCCCAAACCCUCAGUGGCGUCAGGUACUGGUUGGACAGUAGCUAGGGAGACGAGAAGGACACCUACCUCCUUGACCUCGAAUGUUAAGCCCCUGGUGACCUGAAAAGGUUAUGUGACUACCUUUAGCUUUACAGCUUACACUCGGACAUAAAACGUAGAUCAUAGUCAACAACAGAUAUGGCGACCAAUCAACACAAUGAGGUUUCCCUCAGGUUCAGUCAGCAUGCAGAGAAUCUACAUCCAAAAAAUAAAAUGUGUACAGAACUAAACUCCGCUUCUGACUCUAGAACUGGACUUUUGUGUGGAUGAUUGCUGAGUGCUAUGACGUCACUAGGUGUGACAUAGAGCAGAGUUGUCUUCUCCACAGACUAGCAGCAGCACCGGAAGUCAGUCUCUCACUUGCACGAGAUGUUAUAACGAAAAUCUUAAAACAUGAAGUCGACAUCAACAUGGUGGAUACAAGCGGUGACACAGCUGUCGUGGUGGCUGCCAGAUGUGACAACACAAAGAUGGUGAUGGAGCUUCUAUCCCGACAGGCAGCUCUACCACCUGAUGUAACACACGUGUGUUCUUUCUUGCAGACUCUGACUAACAACUGGAAACCACAAGAGACGCCUUAUAUGCACGCGCUUGUUGUCAAACUGUUGUGGGACAGACUACAAGACACAGCACUACACAGCUGUCACAAACAGCUUCACCACACACUGGUCCGGCUGGCAGUCACGUUUCACACGUCACUUGUACGUGAAAUGUUUGUAACAGAACAACAAGUGAACUCUGUAGACAGUGAGGGGAUGGCCGUGUUACACAGAGUGGCCAUGUUUGAUAGCGAUGACCAUAUCCGUGUUGUGCUCUUCCUUAUCAUCAAAGGAGCAGACGUCAACCUACAGAACACGACAGGUGACACACCUCUACAUGUUGCUGUAAAACACAAGAACUGGACCAUGAUGGAGGUCUUAUUACACCGACAAGCAUACAGUAAUGUAGUUAAUUGUGACCAGCGCUCAGUUCUACACAUUGUGGCGUCUCACACUGACCCUAACGAUUUUCCUAAACUUGAUAAAAUCCUUCCGUUGUUAAUCCGUAACAACAACGACAUCAACAAAGAGGACGGCGAAGGAAACACAGCCUUACAUCUGGCAGCCCUUGCUGGUAACAUGGGGUUUGUGAAGACAUUGUUAGAUAAUGGUGCUCGUGCUGAUGGUGUUGACAAAGAGCAGAAGACGGUGUUGCACAUGAUGGCGAUGACGAAUAGUUAUAUAUUUUCAGAUACUAGCCUGUAUAUCCCAGUUUUAUUGGUGAUUUUAAAGAAAGGGGUAGAUACGCACGCAAGAGAUACUGAGGGUAACUCAGCUUUGUGUCUUGCUGCCAAACAUGACAACUGGGACAUGGUAGAAAUUUUGUUGAAGUAUUUUGAUAAUGCUGCUGAGCCUGAUAGUGAAGGGUUUAAUAUUCUGCAUAGGUCUGCAAUGAGCUUACUUAACAAAAGUUUGUUUUACCAGGUGUCUCAACGAGUUAGUGAUAUAAACAAAAAAAGUCUGACUGGCGACGCACCCAUUCAUCUCGCUGCCAAGUGUAACAACUGGGGCAUCGUCAGGCUACUGCUAAGAGAAGGUGCGAUAAUAGAUGAUCUAGACCAUGAAGGAUUUCAUAUUCUUCAUCGAAUGGCUACUGGAGGGAAUGGACAUAAUUAUUUGUCUCGUUAUAUGGCCAAGUGCACUAACUAUAACACUCGAUGUCGGACUGGAGAGACGGUGUUGCAGUUGGCGGCUAAACAUGAUAACUGGCCAAUGGUCUACCAUCUAGCAAAACACGUGGAAAACGUUGAUGAGGUAGAUUCUGAGGGUUUGACUAUUAUUCAAAGGCUUGUCAUGACACACACGCCUUCAUUUCCAUUAUUCUGUCGCCUCAUAGACCUCGGCGCUGACUACACCUGUCGUGAUAGAAACGGUGACACCUUGCUGCACCUGGCUGCCAGAAAGGACCACUGGGAGAUUGUCCAACACCUUAUACAGUCUGGACUACCAGCAGACACACCUGACAGUGAGGGUUUUGUCAUUCUUCACAGAGCAGCAGCAAGCACAAGAGAUUCGAUGUCACAAUAUGUGUUUCAGUAUCUUUUAAAACAUGAUCCUGACUUGAACAAGCGAACAAAUUCUGGUGACACAGUCAUACAUCUAGCUGCCAAGCAUGAACGAUGGGAAACUGUCGUGACCCUGAUGGAACACGGUGCCAAUCCCUUUGACUGUGACAGUGAGGGUACUAGCGUACUUGAUAGAGUGGUCAAGGGUUCGUGUUCCCCCGAUCAGGAGUCAUCCAUUCUUAAAAUGGCAAUCCAAAGAAAUAAAGCACUUGUAUUAGCAAAUAAUACACUUGUAUUUGAAGCAGCAAACUCUGGAAAAUGGGAUGUAGUCCAAUAUUUGGUGGAUCAAGGUGUAAAUAUUCACCAGCUCGACUCCCAGGGUUUGAGCCUCUUACAUAUUAUAGCCAAAAGAGAACAGUCUCUGUGCCAAGACCAAAGUAUAAAUAAACUUGUGAAAGUACUUCUGGAUAACGGCAUGAGUAUGGAAGAUAGAUAUCCAAAUGACAACACUCCACUGAAGCUGGCUGCUAAGUCUAAUAAUUGGGGUUUAGUCGAGUAUUUAUUGCUGCAAGGGGCGACCGUUCAGAGCCCUGACAGUGAGGGUGUCUUUGUGCUUCAGCGACUGGCCAUGUACAGUGAAUAUAAUGAUAGUCACCGCCAGCUUCUUCAGCUUCUCAUCAAGGCAGGGGCAGAUGUGAAUGUGCGCCACCCCAGUGGUGACUCACUUCUUCACCUCAGUGCCAGAGUAAACAACUGGUCCUUUGUUUCUCAUAUCGUUCAAGAGAGAAGUAACUAUGACCUGGACGAACUUGACAGCGAUGGUUUCAACAUUCUGCACAGAUUAGCGCAGUUUGACAGAGGCGCAGAAUGGGUGGAGAAAGGUUUGAUCAAAGAAUUUAAGCUAGACGCCACCUGUGGAAAUGGGGACACCUGCUUACUGCUGGCUGCAAAGCAAGAAAAAUGGGUCUUCAUCACAUGUAUACUUAAGCAUAUCUUAAACAAAAGCAGCCAGCCAUGUAAUAAUGAUCUUCACAGGUUUCGUCUUGACACAUCUUCAGAACGAAUCCAUCACACAAUAACUUCUCUAGGUAUUCAAAAUGUCCAAGAUUGUCUCCCCAUGUUAGAUAAGAGAGACGAACGUGGAUAUACGGUCUGGCAUUAUGCGGCCAUGAAGAAACAGUGGGACAUCAUCCGGGAACUUACAGAAUGUGGUGUAAAUACGGAACACGUGGACGAUGAGGGACUCAAUAUCUUACAGAAAAUGGCGUCGGAUUGCGAAUAUUCAGUUCGGGGUAAAGAAUGUCUGACGACAUUUUUAAAAGAAAAAGGUUUCGAUUUCACAAUUAAAGAUGACUUCGGAAAUACUUUGCUACAACUGGCAGCCAAGAACAAUAAUCUUCAAAUGGUCACCUUACUUCUAAAUCAUGUUGAUGAUGUUCGUGUUAAAGACAGCGAUGAACUUCCUGUCCUGCACAGAGUUGUUCCGAUGAUAAGUAAGAGCAUAAGUUCUGAAUGUGAAAAAGUCGUGACACGUUUGAUAAAAUCUGGAGCAGAAGUGGAAGAACCUUCAUGGGAUGAUAACACGCCCCUACAUGUAGCAGGUAAAUGUAACAGCAGGUCGCUUGUCAGCCUGUUAUUAACACACGGAGCCCAAGCAGAGGUAUGUGAUUCAGAAGGACUUUCUCUUCUACACAGAUUAGCAAUUCAGGACAUAACAAUAUCGAUUGUUGACGAACUUUUACAGAGUGGUGCAAGUAUGAAUCAAAAGGAUCUCCAAGGAAACACGCCUCUUCAACUUGCUGUCCACCAUCAAAACUGGGAGGUGGCUCGAAAGCUAGUUGAGUGUGGGGCAGAGGUUAACGAGCUCGACUACGAAGGUUACACUGUCCUCCACAGACUGGCCCAGAUACAACAUCCUAAACAAAAUCCUUACCACCAGGAUACUGAAGAUUCUGAGGAAGAGUUUUCACAAGAUUCUGAAGAAUCGUUUUCACAAGAAUAUGAAUACGAAUAUAUUUGUCUAGCUAGAAUUGUACUUGAAAAGGGAGGUAAGUGUGAUAUUCUUUCACGGCGUGGUGAGACAAUUUGCGAGAUCGCCGCUAGAAAUGAGAACUGGGACAUCAUGAAGUGUUUACUUACUCGUGGCACCCCUCCACUCAGAGUGCAUAACACUUCUUUACUACACUGUUUGGCUGCUAGUUACGAUGGAGACAAUCAGAUUAAUGUCUGUGACCUCCUGAUGGAGAAAGGAUUGUCUGCUGAAACUGAAGAUCAUGAUGGCAACACGGUGCUUCACCUCGCAGCUAAGGCAGGUAACUGGGACUUGGUGAAACAUCUCCUACAGAAGGGCGCAACCUGCAGAACGUUAGAUAGUAAUGGCUUUUCUGUUUUACACAGAUUUGUUAGUGAUAUGAACAUUUAUGCAGACAGUCGUCGAUUAGAUGUACUAGAUAUGAUCCUCUCAUCGAAUGUCGAUGUAAACGCUGAGGAUCCUCGUGGUAACACAGCGAUACAGACAGCAGCAAAACGGCAGCUUUUGGAUAUUGUGGACCGACUUAUAGACACUGUUGAAAACUUCAACACCAAAGACAGCGACGGCUUUACUCUGCUCCUGAGAUUAUCACAAACACCAGACAAUCUUUCUCUUUGUCAGCAUUUAGUGCAGGAAGGUGCUGACAUCAACGCCUGCUCGACAGACGGGGACUCAGUCCUUACACUUGCAGUCAAGAACGACAAUUGGUCUGUGGUAGAACUCCUGUUGAACAAGGGUGCACACGUCCAUGUCCAUAUUCUACAGAAUCUUUAUGCCAUUCAUAGACUCAUAAGAUGUCGAAAAUUCACAUCUGAUUUUGAUGACUUGCAGAUAAUGGAAUUAUUCAUAAACAAAGGAGUGUCUAAGGACAUGCCAGAUUUCUGUAGAAAGACACCUGCAGAGUUGGCACUCACACACAAAAAAUGGAAGCUUCUCACAUUUCUUUUACGAUGUGGAGCAUGUUUGAAUAACAGUCCUACUAAGAGGCUCUUAGUUUUUCACGAGCUUGCUAAAUGCAUGUCUGCCUCCACCCACUCAACAGAUAUUACUCGACUUCUGAUUAGCCGUGGUUUAGACAUUAACUUGCAAAACAGUGCUGGUGAUACCCCUGUCCAUGUGGCGGCUGAUAAUGACAACUAUGACACUGUUACAACAUUUGUAGAGAACGGAGCAGAUACAAACACGCUUGACAGAAAGGGAAAAUCUCUUCUUUAUAAAAUUAUUCAUAAACUCAUAUGGGAACCAAUUGUAACACCUGAAUCGGGCAUUCAGUUCAUACUUCACUGGACGUCAGAACUUUCUCAGCCAGACUUAGCAAUGUUUUAUCAGGCGCUAUUUAAUCCAAAUUUGGAAAAUUUAGAAAGAACAGAAUUAGUGCCCAAGUCACUUGUAAAACUUAUAAAAACGUUGAAAGAAUUUGGAGCAGAUUUCAACUGGCGAGGGCCAGAAAACAAAACCGUCUUUCAAAUGGCUGUCGACAGAGAAAGAUGGGAGGUGGUCAGAGUGCUUCUUGAAACAGGAGCUGAAUAUUCACUUAGUAAACAGGAAAAGCAAUCGACAAUGAACUCGCUCCAUAAUCUCAAAUGGAACGAUGUUAGCGAGAACAAGGUGAAAAGUUUUAUAGAGUACAUCACAAACGAUCUUUCUGAUACUGAUAAUUCUUUUCAAGAUAACCGCCGUUCCGCUGAUCUACAAACAGUUUUACAGAAAUGUGUCGAGUGCUCCAAUUGGAGAAUGGCAACGGUCUUGGUAGAGUGUAGAGGAGAAAGGUGCGGAAUGAAUACACAAGAAUCACUCUUGGGGAAAAUGAUGUCAAGGUAUUCACAGAAUGAGCACGCGGAAUGGACUUCUUUCCUUGAUUUGUUGAUUUCAGAAGGACUUGAUAUCAACUCCAAACUUCAAAAUGGAUCUGGAGUACUUUUCCACGAUGAGACCAUCAAAAGUUUAACUUCCGACGAAAAAGGCUUUGCCAAUUCUUUGUUCUAUGCACUAAUGGAAAGGGGGGCCGACCCUCUGGUAGAAAAUUCAGCAGGACAGACACUUCUCAGGGAAGUUGUAUGCUUCGGUGGACAGCGUACACUGAAUGCUCUGAAGAAACUUCUUCCCUUUGGAGUAACCACGCAUCAGCCGAGAUUUACUGAGGCUAUGUUGCAGUCACAAAGUGGUUCCACCGCACAGACUGCAUCCCCAACAGAAAAGAUGAUCGAGGACAAGAACAUCUUUGUCCUGAAGAUGUUGAUCGAAUCAGGCUCAAGUUCAAACGCAGAGUUAUUUCGUCUGAACACAGAAUACCAAGUGAAGCUGGCAGGACAGGCAGACACUGAUGACAAUAUUAGAGAGCUGCUUGAGGUGUUGAACAUGGCCGCCAGUCAACCUCGCUCACUGCAGUCCCUGUGUCGUCUGACUGUUUCUCACUGUCUUGGUUGUGGGCCUGGCAGGACGGAAAAACUCAAUAGCUUGAAUAUUCCCCCUGUAUUGAGAGAUCUCGUCUUGUUUCGUGAUCAUUUCACGGAUUCCCUUUCUGAAAGCAACUCAAACUCCAUUGAACCUAAAAAUAUCUCGAUUGAUGGCAGCUCAUCAGAUGAUGGUAGCGAUGAGCUCACCAACAGCAACUAUUGUAGCAGCGAAAGUGAUCAUAGCGAAGGGAAUCCCAUCACUGCGUUACGAAUGCUAAGAGACUUGAUGCACAUCAAAGCUAAGUCUAACAUGAUAUUGGCACAUGAAACAAUUGUCAACAACGUAAACGACGACCAAUCCACAGUAUCAGGUUUCUUCAGGUUUCGUCAACAUUCAGCAGAAGCUGCUUUGGAAACAAAAUCUGUAAAUAAAAUGUGGCGAAAACUAAAAUCCGCUGCUGACUCUAGAAACUGGACUUGUGUGGAUGACUUGCUGAGUGCUAGUGACGUCACUAGGUGUGACAUAAAGCAGAGUUGUCUUCUCCACAGACUAGCAGCAGCACCGGAAGUCAGUCUGUCACUUGCACGAGAUGUUAUAACGAAAAUCUUAAAACAUGAAGUCGACAUCAACAUGGUGGAUACAAGCGAUGACACAGCUGUCGUGGUGGCUGCCAGAUGUGACAACACAAAGAUGGUGAUGGAGCUUCUAUCCCGACAGGCAGCUCUACCACCUGAUGUAACACACGUGUGUUCUUUCUUGCAGACUCUGACUAACAACUGGAAACCACAAGAGACGCCUUAUAUGCACGCGCUUGUUGUCAAACUGUUGUGGGACAGACUACAAGACACAGCACUACACAGCUGUCACAAACAGCUUCACCACACACUGGUCCGGCUGGCAGUCACGUUUCACACGUCACUUGUACGUGAAAUGUUUGUAACAAAACAACAAGUGAACUCUCUAGACAGUGAGGGGAUGGCCGUGUUACACAGGUUAGCCAUGUUUGAUAGCGAGGACCAUGUCCGUGUCGUCCACUUUCUGAUCAGUAAAGGAGCAGACGUCAACCUACAGAACAGGACAGGUGACACACCUCUACAUGUUGCGGCAAAACAUAAAAACCUGACGAUCAUGAAGGCUUUGCUGUUCAGUGGGGCUAACAGCGAUGUGGUUGAUUAUGAACAGCAAACAGUGUUAAACAUUAUGGUAUCUGACUGUGAUCGUGACAAGUCUUAUAAAAUAGAACUCUUACUUCCAUUGUUAAUCCAUAACAACAGCGACAUCAACAAAAGGGACAGAGAAGGAAACACAACCUUACAUCUGGCAGCACUCGCCGGUAACACAUGGUUUAUGAAGCCAUUGUUAGAUCAUGGUGCCCGUGCUGAUGUUGUUAAUGACAAACAGAGGACAGUGUUACACAUGUUGGCGAUAAGUGGCGAUCUGUCUGUAACACAUAACAACAAUUAUUUAUUAGCAAUAAAGAAAGGCGCAGAGGUUCAGAAACAAGAUUCAGAUGGCAACUUGGCUAUACAUCUUGCAGCCAGACAUGAGAACUGGGACUUGGUGAAAGCUUUGUUAGAAUACUCCGAUGUUAAUAUGUCCGACAGUGAAGGGUUCAACGUUCUGCACAGAUUUGCCAUGGGGUCAGAUUCAAGUAAAUAUGAUAUGUUUCACGAACUAAUUCAGAAUGUUUCUGAUAUUAAUGCAAGAUGUCAGACUGGUGAUACAGCUAUUCAUCUUGCUGCGAAAAAUAACAACUGGAAGAUUGUAGGACUAUUGCUAAAAGAAGGCGCCAUAUUUGAAGAACUAGAUAGCGAUGGCUUAAACAUUCUUCACAGACUAGCAAAGUUAGAGAAUUGGACUGGUUUGGCCCCUGAAUAUGAAUCAUUGCCCAGUCGUGAUUCUGAAUACGUUGAAGAUGUGUUGCUGCUUCAUUUUCGAAGAAAGAAGAUCAGCUACAACAUCCCAACACCAGCUGGUGAAGUCGCACUACACUUAGCUGCUAAACAUAAUAACUGGUUACUGGUCAAACGCCUAGCAGAAGCAGGUGAAAACAUAAACGAGACAGACUCCGAGGGCCUGACUGUCAUACAAAGACUUGUGACGAGCACUACUGACAAGGCAUGUGAACAACACUCAUUAUUCUGUCACCUCUUGGAGCUCGGCGUUGACAGCACAUGUGAUCAAAAUGGCGAUACUUUGCUGCACCUGGCUGCUAGAAAUGAGCGCUGGAGUAUUGUCCAAUACCUUGUCAGUCGUGGAGCAAGCGCAGACACACCUGACAGCGAGAGUUUUCUAAUUCUUCACAGAGCAGCAUCUACGAGCAGACGAGAUUCAUCUGCACUCUCUCCACUUCGUGAUCUAGGUCCUUCUAUUCUGACCAACAGUUCCAUUAUACACAAGCAAACAACACGUGGUGACACAGCCGUACAUCUGGCAGCACAGAAUGAACAUUGGGAUGAUGUCAUGACCUUGAUUAAUCACGGAGCCAAUGUCUUCGACACUGACUUUGAGCACACAAGCGUUCUUCAGAGGAUGGUUCAGAGUCCAUCUACCUUAGAAUGGAGCAUAAGCAUACUUCACAAAGCAAAAUCAAAUACGACAAACCAAAACACCGACAGAACACUUGGAAGACUUCUGUAUGAUGCAGCGAGAUGUGGAAGAUGGGAAGUGGUCUAUCAUCUGCUGAGUGUAGGAGUCUGGAUGCACCAAGAGGGCUCAGAGAGGGGAAGCCUGUUACACAUGUUAGCUAAAGGGAGGCAGUUUCGGUAUGAACACCAAACUAUUUGUAAAGCAAUUAAUCUGCUUCUCACUAAGGGUAUAGACUUAGAAGAUCGUUGCCCAGACGGAAACACCGCCCUGCAACUGGCUGCUAAAUUCAAUAAUUGGAAUGUCGUCAAAUGCUUAGCUGAGCAAGGAGCAAACUGCAAAGGCCCUGACAGCGAAGGUGUCUUCGUCCUUCAAAGAUUGGCCAUGUACAAAGACUUUCAUAAAGAUAUGAUUGAGCUUGAACAACUUAUUUUCCAAAAAGGUACAGAUGCAACAGACUUAGAAGAUCGAUGUCCAAACGGAAACACCGCGCUACAGAAUGCUGCUAAAUUGGAUAACUGGGAUAUGGUCAGAUGUUUAGUUGAGCAAGGAGCAAACACCAAAGGCCCGGACGUCGACGGUAUUUUCAUCCUACAGAGACUGGCCGAGUACAAAGGUUUUCAUGAGAGCAUGAUUGAGCUUGUUCAGCUUCUUCUCCAGAGUGGGGCAGAUGCAAGUAUUUGUUGCUCCAACGGCGACUCUCUUCUUCACCUUGGUUCCAGAGCCAACAACUGGUCUUUUGUUCAUUGCAUCAUCAGAGAGACAGAUGACCUGGGCCUAGACAAACUUGACAGUGAUGGUUUCAACGUGAUGCACAGGCUAGCACAAUCUGACAACGGUUCAGAUUGGUUACAAAAAUUUCUAAAAAAGCAAUUUAAUUUAAAUACCCUGAGUCGAAAUGGAGAUAACUGCUUACUUCUGGCUGCAAAACAGGAAAACUGGACUUUUGUCCAAAGUUUUCUGGAGUUUAUUUUAAGAAAAAAUCCACGAUCACCUUGUGAAGAGUUUCGUGAUUUCAUGCCAGAACACGAUCUUUUUAAAGACAUAACAAAUAAAAUCGCUUUUCUAGGUCUUUUACAAAAUAAAGACCCUUUUGUCACAGACAAAAUAAACCUAGACCAACGAGACUUGUGUGGAUACACAGUCUGGCAUCUUGCAGUCAGGAAACAAGUUUUGCUUGUCGGACAUCUUGCGGAAUGUGGAGCUGACACAGAUCUUGUCGACGAUGAAGGACUCGGUGUCCUGCACACAUUAGCCUCAAACAAUUCUGUGAACUAUAGGAAGGCAGAUUAUCUUUUGAAAUUGAUAAGCAAGAAAAGGCAUGUCAUUGUAAGAGAUGAACUUGGAAAUACUCCUUUGCAAGUAGCUGCCAAGAAGGAGAAUCUUCUAUUUAUUACUUUGCUUCGUGACUUUUUUCAAACUUAUUCUAAAGACAGCGAUGGACUUCCUCUUCUGCACAGAAUUGUGAAGAUUAAUCCCCUAAAUGAUCCUUAUAUGUCUUUGCUUAUAAACAUCGUUAAAUAUCUGUUGAUGUCUCGAGCUAGCGUAAAUGAAAUGUCUGUGGACAAUGAAACGCCUCUUCAAAUUGCGAGUAAAUUUAACAACUGGUCAGUUGUCGGGCUGUUACUAGAACACGGUGCCCAGGCUAAUAUGUGUGAUUCAGAGGGUCAGUCAGUCUUACACAGAUAUGCGAGUCUAGAUUGGUCAAAACUUCUUCUUAUGGGAAGUCAGGUACAACUAGCUCAAAAACUCUUGGAUGCUGGUGCAGAUAUUCAAUUAAAAGAUCUCCAAGGGAACACGCCUCUUCAUCUUGCUAUCCAACAUAGUAACUUACAUGUGGCUCAAGAGCUCGUUGUGUGUGGGGCGGAUGUCAGAGAAGUCGACUCUGAAGGCUACACUGUCCUCCACCGAAUGGCACAAAUAGAGGACAAUCAUGAUCUCGAGUGUCAACCACAACCACUAACUCAACUUUUACUUGACAGAGGCGCCAGAUGUGACAUCUAUUCAAACAGCAGUGAAACCAUUCUUGACAUUGUAACUGAACAUGGAAACUGGUGGAUAAUGAAGUGUUUGCUAGAACAAGGAGUGUUAGCUAAAGCAAAACUCAAAAGGAAAUUUAUUUUGCACAAACUGGCUUCUUGUACCUUUGGAAAUAGUUCCACUGAUGUCUGUCAACUGCUGAUUGAGAAUGGGUUGUCUGUUAAUGCUAAAGAUCCUGAUGGCAACACACCGCUACACCUCGCAGCAAGUGCAGGCAACUGGUACUUGGUAGUACACUUGAUACAAAAAGGUGCAAGUGUUAGAACGGUAAACAGGAAUGGCCGUUCCAUCUUGCACCGAUUUUUUAGUGAUGUUAAGAGGAUUGACGGUCCUAGUCUUGAAGUUAUCCUCACUUCUGGUGUUUUACACGCUGCAGACCCUCGGGGUAACACAACUUUGCACAUGGCAGCAAAACGUGAACUAUUUGACAUGGUGGACCGCCUUCUAGACUGCGUUCAAAAUAUCAACAUCAAAGACAGUGAAGGAUUUACUGUACUACUGAGACUGUCACAAACACCUCAUCCAAAAUGUCUGCCCGUGUGUCAGCGUCUGGUUGAGGCCGGUGCUGACAUCAACACCUGUUCGUCCAGUGGGGUAUCAGCUCUUGAGCUUGCAAUCAGAAGCAACAACUGGCCUGUGGUAUACCUUCUACUGCACAGCGGUGGACACUUUGAUGUGAAGGUUAUGGAUCAGUUUCAAGUUUUGCAUCAUCUAAUAAAAUGUCUCCCUUCAGCGAUUCCUUUUGAUAAUUUGCUGAAAGUAGUGACAUUGUUAGCAAACAGCGUAGUGUCCUUAAAUAAGUCAGAUUCCAGCAGACAGACACCAGCGGAUCUGGCAUUCAAACACGAAAAGUGGGAUGUCCUGGUGUACCUUCUAGAACAAGGUGUCCGUCUGAAUAACAGCGAACGACCAGGAAGUUCAGUUUUUCUCGAGCUGGCUAAAAACAGUUCCGAUGGUGUAAAGGCGACAAGUCUUCUGAUUAGAAAUGGUCUGGACAUUAACUUAAAAAACAGUUAUGGUAAGACACCUGUACAUGUUGCAGCGGACGAAGACAGGUGGGACAUUGUCAAAAUCUUUGUGGAGCACGGCGCAGAUGUAAAUAUACCUGACAGAAAUGGGUACAGUUUGCACCAUAAACUCUUACACCCUCCUUCGCGAAAUGAAUAUCGUGAAUCAAAUUUUGCAUUGUUAUGUACGUUGGUGCAGUCCAAGGCAGAUGUCAACUGAACUGGGAGCUGUUUACGAACUCUCUCAGGCAGAAGUGCAUUUUGCAUUAAACCAGGCUUGACGAGAGGGGAGGACAGGGUGUCUGGUGUACUCGGACACGCGGAUGUCAAAGUGGGUCCGGCCUUGGUCAGUGGAUUGUUG